AGGGACUGUCCUUUAAGGUAAACGAUUUGAUCCUCAAUUUCAUCUAAUGUGAGGUCCGAUAAAGGUUUUCAGAGGGGAGAUAAAAUCCUGCUUUGAAAAAAGCACACCACAUCGAUAUACAUGUUCACACAAACAUAGUGAAGACUGUUUCUCAGACCAUCAUCAUGGCUCAUCGACUUGGACGUAGAUUACCAGGAGCGGGCGCUCUCCGUAUCAGACUUCUUGGUCGCGGAAAUGACGACGGUGUAUCAAAUUCAGCGCGUUUCAUAUCCAUUGCCGAUACACCCACAUCCAAGUUAUACGCCCGGGGAUCUUCAUUGGUUUACAUGCAGUGGUGUAAGAUGUCGACGUCUUCCACCCACAGCUCGCUUUUCCGCGAACAGGCCUUCAUCAACGGUACGUGGGUGGCUGCCAAGUCUGGUGCAACAUACCAAGUUACGAAUCCGGCCAAUGGAUCCACCAUAGCAACCGUUGCCGACGGUGAUGCCUCUGAUAUGGAGGAGGCCAUCAGAGUCGCUAAUGAUGCAUUCUAUGGUCCCUGGAGAGACUCCACUUCCAAGGAAAGGGCGCUAAUUCUGCGACGAUGGGCAGAACUGAUGAUGCAGAAUCAAGAAGAAUUAGCCAAAAUUUUGACAUCAGAAAACGGCAAGCCUUUAUCGGAAGCGAUGGGUGAGGUUGGCUACGCAGCAUCCUUUAACGAAUGGUUCUCUGAGGAAGCUCGCCGAGCGUAUGGUGAUGUGGUCUCGUCACCUGUCAAGACUAAAAGGAUGAUAUUUAUCAGACAACCAGUUGGAGUAGCAGCAAUGAUUACACCUUGGAAUUUUCCCUCUGCAAUGAUCACACGAAAAGCUGCUGCAGCGAUUGCAGCUGGAUGCACAGUGGUAGUCAAACCAGCAGAAGAUACUCCUCUGUCGGCCCUUGCAUUGUGUGAGUUGGCCAACCAAGCGGGAGUACCGGCUGGUGUGUUCAACGUUGUACCGUGUUCUCGCUCUCAUGCUGCAGAUGUAGGGAAAAUCAUGUGUGAAAGUCCUUUAGUGGCUAAGAUAUCUUUCACUGGUUCAACACAAACAGGAAAGAUCCUUCUCAAACAAUCAGCUGAUACAGUCAAACGUGUUUCCAUGGAACUCGGUGGUAAUGCACCAUUUAUUGUAUUCAAUUCAGCUGAUGUAGACGCCGCUGUUGCUGGCGCCAUGGUCUCUAAAUACCGCGGAUCCGGACAGACCUGUGUGUGUGCCAACAUAAUUUUUGUACAAGAGGAGGUGUAUGAAGAGUUUUGUCAGAAAAUGACGGCUGAAGUUGAGAAAUUAGUAGUCGGCGAUGGCAUGGAUUCCAAGACAACACAGGGUCCUCUUAUCAAUGUGAAAGGAAUGGAAAAGGUGGAGGAACAUGUACAAGACGCAAUCUCCCAUGGAGGGAAGGUUCUAGUAGGAGGCAAACGGCAUGCUCUAGGUGGUAGUUUCUAUGAACCUACAUUGAUCCGUGAUGUACCUACCGAUGCCCUAGUUUGCAGAGAAGAAACAUUUGGACCUCUAGCUCCAAUUAUUAAGUUCAAAACAGAAGCUGAAGUCCUUGCAAUCGCCAACAGCACUCGCGUCGGACUCGCCGGCUACUUCUACUCCAACAACAUUGGUCAAAUCUGGCGUGUCGCUGAGAAGCUCGAAGUCGGUAUGGUCGGCGUCAACGAAGGCCUCAUCUCUACUGAUAUAUCAGCGUUUGGUGGUAUCAAGGAAUCUGGAAUGGGUAGGGAGGGGUCAAAGUAUGGUAUGGAUGAAUACCAAGAAAUCAAAUAUGUGUGCUUCGGUGGAAUCUAAUCAUAACAACAUCGCAUGUCAUUACUUGGAAUCAUUCUUCCUGUGAUUUAGAAUGAAUGUCAUUAUUUUUAUCUAUCUUCUCAGGAUAAACUGGCAUAAUGAAUAUAAAUUUCUCUUCGAAUGUGAAGUCCGAUUAAAAGCACAUGUGACUUUACAUCUCAUUUUUUAAAGCGGUUGUAGCAGCAGUGAGGUACGCAAUGGCCAAAGAAAUGCUUUCGUAAGCGGCUUGACGAGAUCAAUAUAUAUCAUAUAUCAGAAAUGCGAAACAAAAUAAUAUUCACGAGUAAUGCAAGUUUUCAAUGCCAACAAGUUCUUUAUUGACUUUACAAAUUUUUGGUAGUCAUCUACCUUCUUCGGGGAAGAUUCGUGAAUAAUACACACACGUCGUGAAAGAUAUCCUUUAUAAUUUUAGAAUCGUACAUGCAGGAGAAGCAGUUUCUUAUUGAUCGUGAUAUAAUUGCGUCUCAAUUCAAAAAAUGGUGGAACCUUUUAGUCCCAAUUUUUAAAGCAUUUUUCAAUAUUCUCAUUAUUUUCUUAUUUUAGGGGUCAUUAUUUGUCAAUGGGGGGGGGGGCAUUAAUUUUAUGUUGAAAUGCGGCGUUUUUUAGUAUCGACGGACACAAAAUUUGCCACUGUUUCUUAAUUGAAAACCUGCUAAUGCGUGUGAUGUAUAUUUUUGUCAUGUUUUUAUUUGCUGAAUUACCGGUAUAAAUAGCACUAAGUAGUUUUACACAUUGCAUAGUCAUCCCAAUGUCCGGUCACCGUCGGUAUGCCGUUUUCGAGGUUUUAAGGUAAUAAAGGAUAUAGAAGAAUGAGAAGAAAUGUUAUACAUCUCACUUAAAAAAAGGAUAGAGAAUGGAAGUCAUAGGGAGGGGGAAAACAUAAAGUUGAUAAAGACAUACAAGAUGGAGAAGAUGAAGCAGAAGGGGGGAAAAGGAAAGGAGUGUAAAAUAUUGAAUACAGAGACGUUAUAUAAUGUUAUAUGUCAGUAUUAUAUAUGCCGUUUGUAUCGUAAAUUUAUUGUCAUUGAUAUAUUAUGCUUUUAUUACGAUAACUUUAUCGUGCGAUUCGGGGACUCGUAUAACUGCGGACUACGACGGUCAUGGUAGGACAAAUGUGACCAAAACAUCAUAACCCGUUUACAAGUGGUGUAUGAUCAUAUCAUCUUUGGGUCACCCCGGGGGUCACCAUAACCUGAUUGUAUCCCUCUAAACGUGAGAUCUCUCUGAUGUGACCAUAGUGACCUACACGAUGAUUGCAAGAUUUUGGCGGAUUAAUGGUUUUAGAUGCUUCAACGAUUUUCUUUACCGUGAAGUUUUACAUAUUUCAAAAAUCAUAAAAUCACAGUAGUUUUUUUUUAAUCUUACGAUACAUGAAUCACACGAUCUGUAGUCAAUUAAAUUAUUAUUUUUUUAUAUAUCACCGCGCAGAAAUCGCAUUGCUAGAUGACUGUAAAUUACGUCAACAUAAAAAUCAUAGGCAUCUUCGAUGUCUCUCCUAUGGCAAGUAAAAUCGUAGAUUAAAUCCAUUGAUCAUAGCAAAUGUAAAGUAGACGUUUGGUCUAGACCAUACGAUGCACCUAGAUGAUAUGACACGUAUACGCCAUAGACUGCGUCCAUCAAUUAUGACCCCAAACCGUAUGACAAAAACGCAUAUAGUAUUAUCGUAUUAUUGAAUGAAUUGAUGUAAAUUUGACAUUAGUAUAAAUCAUGGAUUUUGUUGUAUUUUUGUAUUUGUGACUGCAUUUUGAAAACUGAUAUUUGUAAUUAUUACAAUUAAAACUGAAAUGAUUUUAUCACUCAAAA